AUUACAACACCAAUGGCGGAGAAAAGCGCGUUGUGUGUGAUUAAAGCAGUAUCGUAUUUUUCUUAAAUAUAAAAUAAAAUAGCGUAAAUUAGUUUCAAAGUUGAUUAGAUAUGAAUAAGACUAUGUUUAGAGUAUAUAAUGUGUAAUAGAAGUGCCUGUGCAGUGUUACAUUGAAGUUAGUUAGUGGCGUGGAACAAUGACGCAGUUUUUGCCACCGAACUUGUUGGCAUUAUUUGCGGCGCGGGAUCCUAUCCCUUACCUGCCGCCGGCCGCUAAACUCCCUCACGAGAAGAAACAAAAAGGCUACGAUGGCGUCGGAGCCUUCCUUAAUGUCUUUGAGCACCCAUCGGAGACUCCGCCCCCGACACGAGUCGAGACCCGCGAGGAGCGCCUGGAGCGGCGCCGGCGCGAGCGCGCCGAGCAGACCGCCUACAAGCUGGAGCAGGAGAUCGCGCUCUGGGACCCCAGCACCAACGCCAGGGCCACCAUGGAUCCUUUCAAGACUCUGUUUGUGGCCAGGAUCAACUAUGACACGUCAGAAUCCAAAUUGAGAAGAGAGUUUGAAGGAUAUGGGGCUAUUAAAAAAAUCUGCAUGAUCUUCAACAAGGACAGCAGCAAGCCGCGCGGAUACGCCUUCAUCGAGUACGAACACGAGAGAGACAUGCACUCCGCGUACAAACACGCCGACGGCAAGAAGAUCGACGGCAAGCGAGUGCUUGUUGACGUCGAGAGGGCGAGGACCGUCAAGGGAUGGUUGCCGAGGAGGCUCGGUGGAGGUCUCGGCGGAACCCGCAGGGGAGGAGCAGACGUGAACAUCAAGCACUCCGGGAGAGAGGACAACGAGAGGGAGCGGGAGCGGUACCGCCUCGAGCAGCGGGACAGGGACGACCGCGCCAGGCAUGAGCGGCCUGCCGACAGGAGUGGCAGCGGGCGGCGGCGCUCCCGCUCCCGCUCGCGGCGCCGCUCCGCCUCGCGCGGGCGCCGCCGCGAGCGCGAGCGGGAGCGGGACGCCAACGGUCGCCGCCGCCGCUCCCGCUCGAGAUCAGAGCGACGUCGUGAGCGACGCUCCGAGCGAGACAAGGAGCGCGAGAGGGAGCGGGACAAGAAGAGGUCCAGGCGAGACCGUGACAGGAAGGAACACAAGGUCAAGCCCGAGGACAUCAAGGUCAAGGAGGAACCGCUCGAUGACUACCCCGAGUUCAGUAUGGCGCCCCUCGACGUACAGAUUAAGCAAGAACCGCAUGAGGAUGAGAAUAAAUACAACCCCGAGGACACAAACGGUGACGACUACAACUACUAGAUGUCUAUAGAGGACACACGGACAGAUAUUAUGUAAUUAAUUAAUAAAUAUUACAAGAA